CAGGCGGGUCGUCGUGGACAGCGGAACCACGUAUUUCACGGCUCCGUCCGAGCUGUACGACAGGAUCAUGGCCGCCGUGCCCCGGGCGCCCUGCAGCGCGGUAGAGCAGUACAAGCCCCUCAUAUACGUCUUGCGUGGAGCCGACGGCACAACGUACGACCUUAAGGUGACGCAGGAGACCUACAUGGUCGGCGCGGAGGGCGGGGACGAGUGCCGGCCCUCGUUCAUGCGCCUCGACAUCAACAACAAGUAUGGGCCAGCCGUCAUCCUGGGCGAGGUCUUCAUGCGCCACUUCUUCACCGUAUUCAGCCGUGGCGACGGCAGCGAAGACCAGGCGAAGGUCGGUUUUGCGCGGGCGAAGCUGGGAGUGGUGCCACAGGUGAAGGACAACAAGAAGGCGUCCUUCCUGCAGCAGGAAGCCACGGUGUCCGCCGACGGCGAGGUCAUCGGCGUCAAGUCCGGGCGCUUCAUCAGGAGGGAGCGCCUGUGACGCCCUCGACACCGCGCGCGCGUUUGCGUCGAGCACGCGGCAGCGGCGCGCAAAAGAGCGCCUACUCGCGAGGGGGCG